GCUCCUACUUGGAAAGCUCCUGCUCUUGUUAACGGAGAGAUAAAGGACUUGAGCUCUGCAGACUACAACGGUAAAUUCCUUGUCUUGCUCUUUUAUCCUGCUGAUUUUACCUUUGUUUGCCCUACGGAAAUCAUUGCCUUUAGCGAUCGUAUCGAUGAAUUCAGAAAACUAGGUGCUGAAGUUGUUGGCGUUAGUGUAGAUAAUGUUCACUCACAUUUAGCAUGGACAAAUUUGCCUAGGAAGCAGGGCGGUUUAGGUUCCAUCAAUAUUCCUCUCGUAGUCUCUGAUAUAAAAAGACAAUUGGCCACUAGCUAUAAUGUUUUGACACCUGAUCGAACCGUAGCUCUCCGUGGAUUAUUUGUGAUUGAUCCAAAGGGUAAACUCCGUAUCUCCACCAUUCACGAUCUCCCAAUUGGACGCUCAGUAGAUGAAACUCUGAGAGUGAUAGAAGCAAUUCAAUUUACGGAUAAGUAUGGAGAAGUGUGCCCAGCAAAUUGGAAGAGUGGUGAAAAAGCUAUCAAACCUGACGCUGUCGGUUCCCAAGAAUAUUUCAAUGCGGCCAAUGAAUAA